UUUCUCGUGUUGUCGCUAGAUGGUGCCAGGUAGGCUGUUGACAUGUGUGACAUUAUAAUACAUAACCUAGAAAUACAAACGCAACCGUUCGCAAAAUGGCGCGAAAUGCAGAGAAGGCUAUGACAACGUUGGCUCGUUGGAGAGCAGCGCAAAGUAAUGAAGGAGCAAGGAAAGAGCAGGAACGGAGGCCAUACCUAGCCUCAGAAUGUAGAGAUUUACGUAAGGCAGAAAAGUGGAGAAUGCAAAUAAUCAGAGAAAUAGCCAAGAAAGUUGCUCAAAUUCAAAAUGCCGGACUUGGAGAAUUUCGUAUUCGUGACUUAAAUGAUGAAAUUAACAAAUUGCUUAGAGAAAAACGACACUGGGAAGCACAGAUAAAAGAGCUCGGUGGACCUGACUAUUCUAGAGUCGGUCCUCGCAUGUUGGACCACGAAGGACGCGAGGUGCCUGGCAAUAGAGGUUACAAGUAUUUUGGAGCUGCCAAGGAACUGCCUGGCGUCAGAGAAUUAUUCGAGCAAGAACCACCACCACCCCCCCGGAAAACCCGCGCGGAAUUGAUGAAGGACAUCGACGCGGACUACUAUGGUUAUAUGGACGACGAUGACGGUAUCCUGAUACCAUUGGAACAAAAAGCGGAACAAGAAGCGAAAGAAAAGUGCAUCAACGAAUGGAUAUCUCGCGAGAAAGAUCCAGAAUCUGCGGACGUUGAGACCACGGCACAGAAGUCGAUUCCCACGCAGCAAGAUAUCCAGGAGGCUCUGUUAGCUAGGAAGAAAAAAGAACUACUGGACAAAUAUGGUCUGGAUUGAAGCCUGUGCUGAGAUUAGUCUGCGCUACCUUGUGCACACACAACUGAAGAUAAUGUCGAGCUACGAGAUGGAAUUGUGUGCAAUCAUCACAGCAACGCAUAAAAGACACUCGAGCGACAAAUGAUGGGACGAAAAUCAACGGGCUUCCUCGAGUCUCUCUCACUCGGGGGGGGAACAAUUCGAUUUG